AUGCAAGCAACGGGCCGGGCCAGAACUUCAAAUGAAAUCAACGAAAACGAGCUGCCUUUUGAAGAUGGCGUGAAUGAUCUUGUGGAUAGAAGCGGCACUGAUACCGAUUCAGAUUUAGAUGACGAUGUGCCUGAACAGAAAGAGAAGAGUAAACGCCCCCCUGAUAACAAUUUCUCCCAGCAGAGGUUAAAAGCAGUAAACCCGGUGUUCACUGCAAGAACGGUGAUUCCAAUUCUCCUUCUUUUGGGAGUUUUCUUAGUGCCGCUUGGCGCUGCCAUGUGGUUGGCUUCCAGCCGAAUUGAAGAUAUACUCAUAGAAUACACACAGUGUGAAAACGAGGCUUCCAGAGACCAUUGGUCGUCCAUACCAGAAGAGUACUUACUGUAUCAUUUGAAGGACAAUGCUAAUAUUGGCGAUGCCCAGUGGAUGUUGGCUACAGACGAGACCCAAGCGGAUGAGGAUGAGAUGAACGUGUGCAAGAUCCAGUUCGAGAUUCCUCACAGAAUCAAGGGCCCACUCUACCUCUUCUACCGAUUGAAGAACUUCCAUCAAAAUCACAGACGGUAUGUGAAGUCUUUUUCCGAGGAUCAACUCAACGGCAAAGCUGCAUCGGUCAGUGUAAUCAAAGACACCGUCGGACUCAAUUGUGAGCCUCUCUCGCUCGAUGAAGACGGGAAUAGGAUCUAUCCAUGUGGCUUGAUUGCUAAUUCACUUUUCAAUGAUACGUACUCGUCAACGCUUGAGGCGGUCAACGGGACGUCUACAAGCUACAAUAUGAGCAACGAUGGAAUCGCAUGGUCAACCAAUAAGAACAGAUUCAAGAAAACAGAAUACAACUACGAGGACAUUGUACCUCCACCUAACUGGAUCAAGAAGUUCCCGGAUGGCUACAACUCCACAAACGUCCCGGAUAUCCUGACAUGGGCCGAGUUCCAGAACUGGAUGUUCACCUCUGCUUUUGCUGAUUUCCACAAAUUGGCCCUUAAAAAUGAUAACGAUGCCAUUGAUGAGGGCACGUAUGAGAUCUCCAUCGGAUUGCAUUUCCCCGUCUUGCCCUACGAUGGCAAAAAGUACAUUUUCUUGUCGCAAAGAUCUGUCCUUGGAGGCAAAAAUUACUUCCUAGGGUAUGUGUGGAUUGCUAGUGGAGGCGUGUGUAUUAUUCUAGGUCUUGUUUUGUUGAUAGUGAACAUGCUCAUGCCUAGAAGAGCGGGUGACGUCAACUUGUUGAGUUGGAACAGAGAGGCCAUCACCAAAGAUGAAAAGUGA